AAGUCAAAGUACAAUGCAUACAAAACCAAAACCCGCUUACUUUAAAAGUCAAGAGGCAAACACGUAGACGUGACAACUUCCCCUCUUCAUCUGCUCCACCUUUUCCCUUCUUUUAUUUCCUCACCAGAUAAUACACUCUCUAUAAUUCGCAUCUUAUCAACUCGUUUCCUCUCAGCUUCUCCUUCUUCUUCUGUUACAAAUGGAGGAAUCAAUAGGCUGCUACGUGGUCGGACUGGUCGGAGGAAGAGCUGGUGAGGGAGCUUCUGGACAAUGAUUCACCACUCUUUGUGCUACCGGAGGAGGCUGUGCAGUCCCGAGCGGCUAGUGUUUUCGGCAAAGAGGCUAUCAACCGAUUCAUCCCUAACGUCUAUUCGGGUCCAACGAUCCAAGAUAUCGAGGCUGCUUUGUCUGUCACAACUGGAACAGUCCAACCCCAAGAACUUCCAAACGCCAGGCUGUCAUUGCUAGAAAGGGGUCUGAGUAAGGUUGAGCAUAAGUACACUCUGAAGAUCAAAAGCUGUGGAAAUGGAAUAAUGGCUGAUGAUGGUUAUAAAUGGAGGAAGUAUGGCCAGAAAUCCAUUAAGAAUAGCCCUAAUCCUAGGAGCUACUACCGGUGCACAAAUCCAAGAUGCAGUGCCAAAAAGCAAGUAGAGAGGUCCAGUGAGGACCCAGACACACUCAUCAUCACCUAUGAAGGGCUCCAUUUACACUUUGCAUACCCAUUUUUCAACCUCAACAACCAGGCCCAAAACUCCACUCCACCAAUGAAGAAGACCAAGAAGAAAACCUCGGAUCCCCAACCCGAAGAUCAAGAACGAGAAGCGCAAGAGAGCCCGCGAAGCGUUACUCCCGCAGUUCCGGAUCUGCCGCCCGGCCCGUUUCUGGACCAGCAUCAAGAGUUUGUGGAAGAAGAGAGAAGCUCACAAGGGUUGCUUCAAGAUAUGGUGCCACUCAUGAUUAGGAACCCUAAACCAACAAGUGCUUCUUCAAACUCUUCAUGUUCCUCUUAUCGUUCAUCUCCAACGUCUCCUUCUUCUCUAUCAUGGGCCACUUCCUAUUUUGACGUUGGCAUAAAUCAUAGUUUUGGAUGAAUCUAUAGAUAUCUCUGUGGGUUAAACCCUAAUGAUUAAUCUAGUUUGUUAUUAUAUAUAUAUGUGAACUAUAAAAUGUUGAACAAUAACGAUACGUAUGUUAAAAAUGCGAUGUAGAUUUUAUUUGUCAAUAUAAGGAGGCAAUAAAAUAUUUG